AUCUGAUGAGCAAAGACAUAUAUUGAUACCAAUUACUAGGUAGGUAAAACACGACAAGCAUUCUUUAUUAUUUCUUAUACCAGGUAGGUAGCUAUCAAAACCCUCUUUCAAUAUCAUUCUCUCAAUGUUUUUAUUUUUAAUUAAGAAACAAGAACACGAAAAGAGUAUGCUUAGGUAUUCUACAGGACAAUGCUAUAACUAACUACAUACCUAGUAGGUAUCUUUUUACAGGUACAUCCACGUACACCUAGCUAACUACCCAGCUAUGCGCAUUCAGAGUUACACUACCUAUCUAGGUAUUGUACAUACAUUUCUGCGAACUAGGUAGCCAAGUCACUGCAAUAGCCAGGCAGCGUCUCGACUUGUUGUCAAUCGGUCUCCUCAAAAAGAAAAUUUUAUAAAAGAAAAAACUUCAGGCAUGCCCACGUCUCAACCCCAUCUUCUCGUAUACUCUGUACAGUAGACAUGUAUGUAUUCGAAUUCAGACAAUGAGGAGGACACGAUAUUGUAAUCUCCACACCUAGUACGUAAACCAUCGUCGUCGAUUAUGAUGCGCUCAGCCUGUUGCAUUUGGAUCCACAGCCGUUUAUUGCGCGACUCCGUUCCUCGAAGUUGCAGAUAACCAUUGAAACGUGGAGUUCAUUCUGAGCAUACCCCUGUUUUGUAAUCCUCGCGCCCCCCCAGAGACAUGGGAGGACAUGGGAGGAAGGCCAUGGUCCAUAUGGUCCAUGUUUAGCGGCUUAGCUACCCUAGUCAUCCUACAUAAGUUCCUGGCCACCCGGUACAGAGCCUUGACGCGUGUCGACAGGCCCCAAGAAGAGGAUUUAUGGAGAUCUUUUCUCGGCCCUAGCCUCCGAAAAAUAUUCUCCGAGAUUUGCGAACGCUACAGUGUGGCCGGGGAGCCGGAGGCGCAGCUCGUCCCACAUAGUUCAGUUAGUAAAGGAGGUAAUUGGAAAACUACUAGGUAAGACAACC